CUGUGUUUAAUCCCUGCAGCGCCUCGAUAUUUCCUUAUUUUGUUUUUUUUUCGAAACAAGGCAAACUUGCCACACUGUGAAGCAGCCUCACAGCAACUCCGACCAGAAACAGGGCUUAUUGUUAUACUCGCAUCGAAAAGCGAAGAUGUGAGAUUCACUGAGAUAGAGGGACGCUUCCUGUUACUUAACGUUCCAGCCUUGGAGACAUAAACUUAAAAGGAAAACAUUUCUGCCCAUUUGUAUCUCGAGGCGGGAACACAAGCACACGGAGUUGUUGAAUGCGAUUAACUUCAUGUCUACGUUUUUAACUGCAGCUUGAUAUGAAUGCAUCAUCAACACAAUCCAGUCACAGCUCGACGAGAAGCUGACAGUGGUUCAGAACUGAUCUGACGAACUCCGAAUUUUAAUUAGAGUCGGUUCGUCAACGGCUCUACCCCCAGUCAACCCCACCCCGUUCCAGUUUGCAGCUCUGUGCUGAUGAGUCGGGAGUCCUUUUGAUAACGCAAGCUCGCGUUGCCAUCUCUGCCUUUCUCACUCCAUCCCCCUGCGGGCUGUGCAGAUAUUCUCGCCAGAGUGCCACAUUCCCCCCGCGCACGGCUUUAAGGCAUGGACUCGCCAGCGUCUGAUCCCUCCCCUGCUGCCACAAACCAGGCGGUGACUGAAGCCAGGGACGGCCAGUUCGCCCCGGCAUCUGGGCAGCAGAAAGAGAGGCGCAAGAUGGACAGAGACACCGAGAUGAGAAUCAGUGAAAGCGCGCAGUUCGGAGAUACAGUGGAGAACCGAGGUUUACUGGAAAGCAGCCAAAAGCUGAAACCCCAUGAAGCUCAGAGCUACCGCAAGAAGGCGUUGUGGGUGUCCUGGAUCUCAAUUCUUAUCACUCUGUCCCUGGCUGUGGUAGCCUUCACUGUUUCUGUCAUGCGGCACAGUGCAUCAUCCUUUGGAUUUGCUUUUGAUGCUACGUUGGAUGUGUUGUCUUCUGCAAUAGUGCUGUGGCGUUACAGCAAUGCAGCCGCUGUGCACUCUGCCCAUCGGGAGAAUAUAGCUUGUGCCAUUUUGGGUGUUAUAUUUCUUAUUUCAACUCUCUGCAUUUAUGGUAAAGCUAUUCACGACCUUGCUACAAAGCUGCUUCCUGAAGUGGAUGAUUUCCUUUUUAGUGUUUCCAUCAUUAGUGGAAUACUCUGCAGUAUUCUGGCUGUGGUUAAGUUUAUGCUUGGAAGAAUCCUCACAAGCAAAGCUCUGAUAACUGAUGGUUUUAACUCCUUAGUUGGAGGCAUCAUGGCAUUUUCUAUACUGAUCAGUGCAGAAGUCUACAAUCAUAAUCCUGGUGUCUGGUAUUUGGACGGCACUAUAGGGAUUCUCAUUGGAAUGAUCAUCCUUGCAUAUGGAAUAAAGCUUCUGAUUGACACAGUGCCACGAAUAAAACAAACGCAUAAUUAUGAGAGCUUUGAAUGAUAGACAAGAAGAAAAUAUGCUGUGGUGGCUCAGUUCUAUAGGAAUGAAGACUGCAAGAUUUGGAAUGAAUCAAUCAAGACAAUGGCAGUGACUGUAAAAGAAAUGGUCACUGUCCUAUAUCCCAUUUAACAUCAAACCUAGUGGACUAAACUCAAAAUGAUGCUAAACGUGGUGAACUUGAUAUUUUUAAAAAAUUGAAGAUGCACCUCUUUGUUAUGUAUUAUUUUUUUCAGGAGCAAAGGGUAGAUUUUAACUAGUAGAUCACUCAUCAGAAAAACAUGCUAAGCAGUGGCCCAAUCUGCCAGGGGCAGGCCUGGUCACUUUUGAGGGCUGAAUGUCAUUAUCAGGAUGAAGCAUAUGGCUUGCUGGCACUGGAUCAGACUGGACAGCUGGGUCUAGAACAACAUGACUGUUCUUGUAAAACCUAAAAUAGUACUCCUCUUUGUUGCUAAAGAACAUUAAACUUACCACUUAGGAGCAUCUUCCAUUGCAUCAUUCAAUAAAUCUGGCUACAUAUGGAUUUUGUUAUGUUCUGCUUAGUUGUGCAUCAUUUACAAUCAAGCUGACAUGUUCAUCAAUUUGUACAAAGAAAGAGCAACGUCUUGAAAUAACAAGUAUUUCAACUGGACAGAAGACUCCUUUAUAUAUGGUGGUAGCAAGUACUAGUGUAAAUGAAGUGGUAAUGGGAUACUGCUUCAUUUAUUCUAAUCGAUCACAGUUAAAAUCUACUCUGUAAAGUUCAAUAUACCUUAGGCAAUCAGAUGAAAGUGGAACUAACACGCAAUAUUGAGGAGCUUUUAGAUUCUUUAUCACCUAUUUCAUACAUUAUUGGCCAGAUCUUCUAGUAGCAGGGUGAAGAUGCACUUGAACCUACCCUCUCGGUGCAUGGUCAUUAUAUUGAGGGGAGGUUCAGAUACACACAGAUGCAUAGUAAUUGCAUAGAAUAUAUAAAAUUACAGUGGGCAGAUUGUAUCACCCGAAACACUCCAUAUGUGCCAUACAUUGUUCCUUGGUAGUGCUGUGCAUCAAACAAAAGGGCAUUUGAACUUCUGUGUUAUCUUGCACUAAAUUACAUCCAGACUUCACUGAAAAUACCACUAUGAUCAUUAAUAUAAAUCCCAAAUUAAUGAUUUGCACAUAUCCUUAUCCUACACAUCCAUGGUCAUCACCUGUACAACUAGGUUUAAGAAUAGAAUUGGGUAUGAUGAAUUAAUAGCAAUACCAAAGUUCAUCCUAGUUUUUGCCUUUUCCUUAGUACUGAGCCAGUUUGCUGUGUGUGACCGUGUCUAAAUUGAAAUAAACUGGUCAAGGCCUUCAACAGGGGUGAGAACUGAAGAUCAUGGUAAAUGUAAUUUUUAAUAUGUCACUGCCACCCAAAAUAGAAGUUACAUGAUUUUAGAAAUUUACAUUGUGAAGGCAGGCCACUAGAACAGUGGCUGCUAAUUCUUUGAUACAGCAAUCACCAACUAUUCUGUGUAAUUUUGUCCCAUUGCCUUGUAUAUGUUUAUGCUUUAAAAAGUUAUUAAAUGCUCCCUGAAAAACAAAAUGAGCCUUUGAUUCACCCUUGUGCUUUGUAAAGCAUUCAUAUCCUUAACUUUUACAUUACACUACAAUUUUCAGUUGAUAACCUCUCAGCAGUGCAAAUCAGAGGAAAUAAUCUGAAUCCAAAUAGGCUAACCCAGAGACUCCAUAUGUGCCAUACAUUUGUUCCUUGGUAGCGCUGCGCAUCAGACAAAAGGGCAUUUGAACUCCUGUAUCACCUUGUCAAAAUGAAAAGCUGAACAACAUUGAUACUAAAGUGCUGUUUUGAGAUCUUGAGUACAACUUGACAUAAUACAUACAGCUAAAUGCUUAAGUAUGCACAUUUAUUCUGUUCACCAUGUUCAAUGAAUGAACAUCAUGUGCAGGUCCAAGAUAUUUGGUAUAAUAGUAGAGUACUUAUUGAUCAAUUUUCCCCACAAAUUGAUUCAUGUCUAUGUUGUAGUUAAUACACCAACCUUGAAACCAUACAAGUGUAAUAUUGGGCUGCUUAAUUUCAAAUAUAAUUUUUUUCUAGUGGAAUACUACUUUGAUACAGAUAAGUGAACUUUGAAAAUAAGUUAUUAAAAUAAAUCAGAUUGGCUAAAAGAUCUGAGUUGAUACUCGACUGAAAAAUUUCUC